CAGGAAAUGUUUCAGUUCAGAGAAAUCGAAACCUAAGCUCAAGCUGCUGUCGAACCAUUGUAGAUGUCUCUCUAUCUGUGCAAUAAAAUGGCAGAAUCCAGUGUUUCUUUGGCUCAGGAUCAGUUCAGCUGUUCAAUCUGUCUGGAUCUACUGAAGAAUCCAGUGACCAUUCCCUGUGGACACAGUUACUGUAUGAACUGUAUCACAGGCUGCUGGGAUCAGGAUGAUCAGAAGGGAGUCUACAGCUGCCCUCAGUGCAGACAGACCUUCACUACAAGACCUGUUUUAGGUAAAAACACCAUGCUGGCUGAAGUGGUGAAGAAACUCAAGAAGGCAAAAAUACAAGCUCGUCCUGCUCAAUGUUACGCUGAACCUGGAGAUGUGGAGUGUGACAUCUGUACUGGAGACAAAAACAAAGCCAUCAAGUCCUGUCUGGUGUGUCUGAACUCUUACUGUAAAAAUCAUCUUAAACAACAUGAGAUUUUCUUCAAAAGUAAAAACCACAAUCUAAUGGACGCCACUGGACGACUUCAGGAGAUGAUCUGCCCUCAACAUGAGAAACUGCUGGAGAUUUACUGUCAUACUGAUCAGACCUGUAUAUGUUAUCUGUGUACAAUGGAUGAACACAAACACCAUGACACUGUAUCAGCUGCAGCAGAGAGGACUGAGAAACAGAGACAAUUGGGUAAGAUGCAAAGAAAAGACCAGCAGGGAAUCCAGAAGAAACUGAAGGAUCUUCAGAAGUUGAGAAAGGCUGUAGAGUCUCACAAGCGCUCUGCACAGGCAGCAGUGGAGGAGAGUGAGAGCAUCUUUACUGAGCUGAUCCGCUCCAUUGAAAGAAGCCGCUCUGAGGUGACACAGCUGAUCAGAGACCAGGAAAAGACUUCAGUGAGCCGAGCUGAAGGACACUUGAAGAGAUUGGAGCAGGAGAUCAAGGAUCUGAGGAGGAGAGACGCUGAGCUGGAGCAGCUUUCACACACAAACCAUCACAUCCAUUUCAUCCAGAUUUUCCAGUCUCUCUCAGUCCCUCCUGGAUCUACAGACUCACCCAGCUUAAUUUUCUGUUCUCGUCUCUCUUUUGAUGAUGUUGGUAAAUCUGUGUCUCAUCUGAGAGAGAAACUGGAGCAUUUCUCCAGAGAAGAGAUAAAAAUUAUAUCUGGUAGAGUGAGAAACAUUAACAUCAUUCCCACCCCUGAACCCAAGACCCAUGAUGAGUUCCUGCAAUAUUCCCGUCGACACACUUUGGAUCCAAACACAGUUAAUAAAAACCUGGUACUGUCUGAAGGGAACAGAGUGAUUAAAUACACUGACAAAGUCCAGCGGUAUCCUGAUCAUCCAGACAGAUUUGAUGGUCAUCCUCAGGUGUUGAGUCGAGAGAGUGUGUGUGGACGCUGUUACUGGGAGGUUGAGUGGAGUGGUGAGGUGGAAAUAUCAGUGUCAUAUCAGAGCAUCAGCAGGAAGGGACGGGGAGAUGAAUGUGCGUUUGGAUAUAAUGAUCAGUCCUGGAAUUUGUCCUGCUCUGAAUCCAGUUGCUCAUUCUGGCAUAAUAACAAACAGGCUAAACUCCCUCCAGUCUCCAGCUCCUCUAAAAUAGGAGUGUAUGUGGAUCACAGUGCAGGAACUCUGUCCUUCUACAGCGUCUCUGACACAAUGACCCUCAUUCACAGAGUCCACACCACAUUCACUCGGCCUCUCUAUCCUGGGUUGAGAGCUAGUCCAUCAUGGACAGGACAGGGCUCAAAAAUGACACUCUGUGAUUUAACAAUAUAGAGAUUAUAUGCAGAGAUUCUACAAAUAAUAUUGUGAGAGCUAUUCUCAAGAUAUCAUUGUCAUGUUUUGAUUUUGACAAUGUUUCUUAUGUUUACUCCAAAUAUUAUCAGCACAAUAUUAAUCCUUUUUAUUCACAAGUUGCAUUUAUGCUUGUUAUUUACGUCUGACGUUGUCUUUUAAAUAGAAAUCAACUAUAUUUUCUUCACCUAACAAAACAAAAGAAUUCAAAGUGAUUUUUCUUUUCAUUAUUUAGCGCUGACAGCUCUGUAUCUUCAACAAGUAGUGUAUGUACAUCCAUCUGCAGUUUUCAUGAGCUUAUUCUCUCUGUUCCAGAAAAUCCCUUGCAUAAACAAUUGACCUUUAAUUAUCCUGAUAAAAAAUAAAGGUGUCAACACUAUAUUAACUCA